AUGUCAGGAAAAGGUGGAAAAGCAGGCUCUACAGCAAAGGCGUCGCAGUCGAGAUCGGCCAAGGCCGGUCUAACGUUCCCCGUCGGUAGGGUGCACAGGCUCUUGAGAAAGGGCAACUAUGCGCAGAGAAUCGGUUCCGGUGCGCCUGUCUAUUUAACCGCUGUGUUGGAGUAUUUGGCCGCUGAAAUUUUGGAGUUGGCCGGUAAUGCUGCCAGGGAUAACAAGAAGACGAGAAUCAUCCCCAGACAUCUACAGUUGGCCAUCAGGAACGACGAUGAGUUGAACAAGUUGUUGGGCAAUGUCACGAUUGCACAGGGUGGUGUUUUGCCAAACAUCCAUGCCAAUUUGUUGCCCAAGAAGUCUGCCAAGGCUGCGAAGGCGUCGCAAGAGUUGUAA